AUGAAAUCUUAUCUCACCAUCCUCACUAUCGCGGCUGUUGCAACCGCGGAGGUUCCGGCAUGGACGCAGUGUGGUGGUGACGGCUACACAGGAGACACCACUUGUACUUCUGGAUACGCCUGCGUGUCUGUCAAUCAAUGGUACUGGCAGUGCCGGCCGGCUAGUAAUAUUCACUAUCUCGGUCGAGUCAAUCCUGCAACUAAGGAGUUGAGCUGGCCGAGCACCGGAGUAGCGUUUACUUUUGAGGGAUCUUCUGCCUCUAUCGCUGUGACCCAGAUCACUGGGAGCAACAGUGUUGACCUCUUCAUCGACAACAACGACCCGGUAGUUAUCUCCAAUGUCGCCGGCUCAUCCAUUUCAACCCCUUCUGGCCUCUCUUGGGGCAAUCACACCGUCCAGCUGCGAAAGCGUUCCGAAGUCGCCACUGGAAGUAUCUGGAUUGGCGACAUCACCACCGACGGCACUCUAAUCCCGAGUGCGGCCACUGUACGUAAGAUCGAGGUUAUCGGCGACUCAAUUUCAGUCGGCUACGGUCUAGACGGCACUGCUCCUUGUAGCAACUCUGCUGCGGUUGAGGACAAUCCUAAGACAUAUGGUGCCUUGGCAGCUACUUCUCUCAACGCAGAUUACAGCGCCGUCGCAUACAGCGGCAGGGGCUUGGUUCGAAACUACGUUACGGCCAAUCCCGACAGCAUUCCCGUCAUGCCGACGCUCUACACCCGCUAUGGUGCCAAUGAUGCCGAUAACAGCUACACUUUCCCGUCGGAUUGGACUCCUGACGCUGUUGUCAUCAACCUCGGCACUAAUGACUGGGGCUACCUUCUCUAUGACUCGUCCGGAAAUCCUUACGACGCCCGCCCCAAACUUGACAUUCCCACAUACACCAACACCAUGGUCAGCUUUGUCAAAUCCAUCCAGGGACACUAUCCGAAUACACAAUUCUUCUUGCUCUCCUCUCCGAUGCUCGAGGAUAGCUAUCCUUCAGGGGACAAUUCGCAUACCACGCAAGUUAAUGCUCUGAAGAAUGCAGUCUCGCAGAUUGGGUCAAAUGCUCAUUUUGUGGACUGGCCUACUCAAGGCUCCGCAAUGGGUUGCGAUUAUCAUCCCAACGCUGCUACACAGGCAGCUCAAGGCCAGGUUCUGGCUUCGGCCAUUAAGUCUGUGUUAGGGUGGUAA